AUGCACGAGCUGGCUGGCCAGUCCGAGUUUCUCUCGAGUGAUGAGUUGCAUGGUGAAUCGCAGCUCUGCCUGAAUCCGGAGAGGCUUGACCAGAGCAAGAAAGCACUGGAUUGGUCCAUUGUGGACGAGUUUGAGGCCGACUGGACACAGGAGCAAGUGGCGGGCGAGGUUGGCGAGUGCGACGGAGCUCCCGAUCCGAUGACGCCUUUGCGUCGGACGCCGCUGGUGCUUCCAGCUAGUAGCGAGAAGUUUGCGGAGCCGGCAGCGAAGGCUCCUCUAUGCUGUGGCGUCGAGGCAUGCGAAGGCCUCCGGCUUGCGCUAAGUUCUCCCACCAUGCCCGCGAAACCUGAGACGGAGAUGAUCAAGACAUCCCUGGCCUUCACGGAAGGCGACCUCGAGCAGCUGGAGCCUAGCCACGGCGGCGGGGGUGCAGAGCUGCAGUGCCAGACCCACCUCGAGUUCUGCAUGAGCUUGGAAGACGACUCUCCUGUAGCUCACCAGGAGCCUUGUGAAGAGAAGACGCUGGACUGCGACCGGGCCUCUUUCCUCGGGUCCAUCCAGGAGUUGGAGUUGUGCGAAGAAGCUUCCGCGACGAAUUCUGACUGCACGAGAGUCGCACAUCGCACACUCCGAAACGUGGCGGUAGACUUGGAGCAUGGCGAUUUAGAGAUGCACAGCCCCGACGGCGGAGCUGCGCCCAGGGAUUCCAGCAUGCCUUCUAAACAGGCAGUGGAUUGUGUCCCACAUGCAGAAGUGCACGUACUUGAGGAGGGCCCUGUGGAAGCCUGCGAUUCUGUGUUAACAGAGUCUGGCGAUAAGCAGCAAGAGCUGCAACUCACACUGGGGGAUUCUGCCGAAGCCCCGACGUCCGUUCGUGACGGCAGAAGCACAUCAGGAACUGACGUCCGCGACAUCGGGCCUGGUGAUGGCUGCCUGCAGUUCAGCCAGGUAGAUGGGAAUUCAGCAGCAGAGAUGGACUGUCCAGGAGGGGUUCAGGGAGAAGAUCCCGAAGCUGCCAUGUCACUCACUGAUGCACUCGAGGAAGCUCGCACGCCUGUCUUGGCGACCGCAGAUGUAGAUGUUGCGUCAGCGUUGGAGGAUGAGCAAGCGCCGGGUGAGUCAAUUGCAUUUGCAGAGCUUGCUGGUGCCGAACCACGCAAUUCGGAUCCAGAUGUCGAUAUCCCAGCUAUGCCAGCAUCCGUGCCAUCUGAUUGCAAGGUCACCGAUACCCCACAAUGCAUGGCCUCAAGCAGUGAAUGGGAGGAGGCUGUGCAAGAGCUUUCCGAGGGCAUUGCAGAAUUUGCAUCCAAACCGGCUGUUGUAGAUUCGCCAAGCAUCACCAACGCAGAAGAUGCAAGCACAAGCACGGGGCUUCGUCAGCAGGACGAGAGUGAUUUCGGCGUGAUUUUGCAAGACAGGCUUUCUGCAGCAUGUGUUGAGCCCUUUGAGGAGAGGCUGAGCGGCAGGGACGGGGUGUGCAUGCAAUCUUUGGUCCUGUGCCAAGACAAGCUCGCACCUGUUUCUGACUGCAGGGAGGUCCCGCAUCGCACCGUCGGGAACAUGGCCGCAGACAUAGAGCAUGGCUUCGACGGCGGAGCUGCGCCCAGGGAUUCCAGCAUGCCUUCUAAACAGGCAGUGGAUUGUGUGCCACAUGCAGAAGUGCACGUACUUGAGGAGGGCCCUGUGGAAGCCUGCGGUUCUGCGUUAACAGCGUCUGGCGAUAAGCAGCAAGAGCUGCAGCUCACACUGGGGGAUUCUGCCGAAGCCCCGACGUCCGUUCGUGACGGCAGAAGCACAUCAGGAACCGACGUCCGCGACAUCGGGCCUGGUGAUGGCUGCCUGCAGUUCAGCCAGGUAGAUGGGAAUUCAGCAGAAGAGAUGGACUGUCCAGGAGGGGUUCAGGGAGAAGAUCCCGAAGCUGCCAUGUCACUCACUGAUGCACUCGAGGAAGCUCGCACGCCUGCCUUGGCGACCGCAGAUGUAGAUGUUGCGUCAGCGUUGGAGGAUGAGCCUACUUGUUCCAAGCUGGCUGUCGCCGGCCCAGGCAGUUCGGAUAUCCCUUUGCCGACUCUGCCAGCGUCCGUGCCAUCGGAUACCAACGUCAUCGAAUCCGAGUUUAGCACAAGGCAACUGCAAGAUGCAUCUGAGGUGUCUGCCAGCUUCCAUGAGGCCACCAAUGAGCUGCCUACGGGCACAGACCGUGCAGCUUCUGGUCUAGACUCGCGGAGCUUCGCGAAUGCCACCAGUGCCCUGCCCGAUCAGCAGAUGCUUACGGUUAGUUCAGCUGGAGCGAGCAAUGUGCCGGCUUCCAGCAAUGCCGCAGACAGCCGAACGAAGCAGCCUGAGCCAGCGCUGCGUCAUUCCCCCUCCACUUCAUGCCUGAGUUUGAAGACCUCAGUGGCUCGGAAGGAUUGCCGGUCCAGCGAGGCGGCGGCUUUCAACAUCGAAGUCUCCCUCUCUCUCCCACCUUCCCUCCCACUCAAGACUCAUAGCAAGUUCGACAGAUGUGCUGUGCAAGGCUUCAUGUGCCGUCGCAGCUCCAAGACCGACCUGCCAGGCGCCGAAGCCGAAGAAACCCUUCGAGUCCCGGCCGGUCCCGGUGUCGAAGCAGCAGCCCGAAAAAGCCACCAAAGUGCGCCCUUCGAGACUUACAGCAGGUUCCCUUCCUUCGCAGCCGCACCACAAGGAGCCGACAACGACAAGCAACGCUCUGGAGAAGGCUUCGAGCUGUUUUUAGAGGUUUUCAACGUCAUGCUAGGUACGAGCAGGGCUCCGGCGAAGAGCCAUUCAGAGCAGGAGGGCCCGAAGCCCAAGGUACCGGACAAGAAGGCUGCGGCCAUGGAGAGAGCAGACACCAUCCCAGCAAGGAGCCUGGAUGCCUCUGAGCCCAAUCAAGAGCUUUCCGAGGGCAUGGCCGAAAAUGCAUCUGCAAUUUGCCGGGAUUCGCCGAGCGUCGCCAAUGUGACAGAUGCUAGCACGGGAGAUCUGUUGCAGUGCGGGCCAGCCUUGGAGCAGUCAGCCGCGCAUCCCAACUCGGAGAACGUGGCCGCAGACUCGGAGCACACUGACGACGGGGCCGUGGGCAAGGAUUCCAGCAUGGAUUCUGAACCGGCAGAGGCGGAGCUUUGUGUCCUGCAUGCCGAGCCGCAUGCGCUUGGCGAGUGCCCGGUGCAAGCUUGCGAUUCUGCUUCAGAGUCUGGCAAGAAGCAGCAAGAGCUGCAUGGCAGAAGCGCAUCACAGGCGGAUGCCUGCGACAUCGGGCUUGAUGAUUGCUGCACGCAGCUGGGCGAGUUAGAUGAUGUUUUCGGGAAUUCAGCAGAAGAGAUUGGCAGUCCAGGGCCUCAGCGAGAAGAUCGCGAACUUGCCACUCCCAGCACGGAUGCACUUGGGGAGGAAUCCCGCACGUCUGUCUUGUCUUUAGCUGCAGAUGGUGCAUCAGCGUUGGAGGAUGAGCAGCUGCCGGAUGAGUCGGUGGUUUGUUCGGAGCUUGCUGGGGCCGACCCAAGCAGUUCGGAUCUGGAUUUGGGCAUCGCCAUCGCUGCGCCAAAUGUGCCAGAGUCC